AUGAGCAGCGCCAUGAAGCUGCAGGAGAGGGUCAUCGUGCCGAGGACGGCAUGGAAGCUCGCCGACAUCUUCAUCCUCUGCCUCCUCUUCGCCCUCCUGUUCUGCCGUGUGGUGUCCCUGGGAGAGGGCGGCGCCGGCGCCGCCUCGGUGGCCGCACUCGUCUGCGAGGCAUGGUUCACCUUUGUGUGGAUCCUCAACAUGAACAUGAAGUGGAACCCCGUUCGGUUCCACACGUACCCUGAAAACCUCUCACAAAGGAUGGACGAGCUCCCGGCGGUGGACAUGUUGGUGACCACCGCGGACCCGGAGCUGGAGCCGCCGCUGAUGACGGUGAACACGGUUCUCUCCUUGCUCGCCGUGGACUAUCCGGACGUCGACAAGCUCGCGUGCUACGUCUCCGACAACGGCUGCUCGCCGGUAACGUGCUACGCGCUGCGCGAGGCCGCCCGGUUCGCGGGGCUGUGGGUGCCCUUCUGCAAGAGGCACGGCGUGGGAGUGAGGGCCCCUUUCAUGUACUUCGCUUCCAGACCGGAACCUGAGCUCGCCCGCGACAACUUCUCGGACGACUGGACCUUCAUCAAGAGCGAGUAUGACAAGUUAGUCAGCCGGAUUGAGAGCGCGGACGAGGGGUCUCUUCUCCGGCACGAUGACGCCGGCGAGUUCACGGAGUUCAUGGAGGCCGAGCGCGGGGACCAUCCUGCCAUCGUUAAGGUCGUCACGUACACCAAGCCACAACCACAUGCCACAUGGAUUCGCACGUAA